AUGGCGACAACGGGCUGCAUGAGGACAAAACCAACCGCGGCCCUGGAAGCCUUACUGGGCCUCCCGCCGCUGCACCUCUUUAUACAACAAGAAGCGCUGGCUGCGGCGGUACGUCUCAAAAAAUCUAAUCUCUGGAGACCGCCUAGGGUGCCACACACCGAAAUCCUCUACGAGGCCAUAGGUAAGGAACCGCUUAUAGAAGCGGUGACUGACAGGAUACCCAAGCAGUUCGUCUUCGACAAGAAAUACAAAAUACAAUUACACGAAGAACCCCAUGAAGGACUCAACCCAAGGGAGCUGAGAAUCUUCACGGACGGAUCAAAAACAAGGUCAGGCGCUGGGGUUUUCUCAGAGGACCUAAACAUAAACAUCUCGACACCACUUGGUGCCCAUAACACAGUCUUCCAGGCGGAAUGUAUGGGCAUUAUAAUGGCAGCACACGCAAUCGUCUCAAGGGAAGUAAUGGACUACCCCAUCCGCAUACUCUCUGAUAGUCGAUCAGUACUACAAACUCUACAAAGUUAUACUUUCACUUCAGGGCUAAUUUACGAAUGUCACAAAGCUCUGUCAGAGGUAUGUACCACCAAUGGCGUAACUCUGCAGUGGAUCAAAGGACACAGCAACUCACGAGGUAACGAUGCAGCCGACAUCUUGGCGAGAGGUGGCUCGGAACUGAAGGUGGCAGGACCUGAGCCAAUCCUACCUCUGCCAUAUGCCUGGCUCCGGAACACGCUGCGACACAACACCAAGACGAAGCAAAGCAUUUGUACUCGGGUACAAGAACAUAUUAUUAUAGCUGAUGACAAGCACCGCCAACUAAAGUCUGCGGUCUGGGAGCAUGACAUGGAUAAGACUCUGGUUCUCGCCAAGGAGGAGCCAUAUAUUCCCAGAAUGUUGCCAGAGGCCAUUGAGACUGAAAAUAUCUAA